UCCCCACUUUUCCCUCCACAACCGCAAGGUUUUCCCUCCCUCCGCUCAACCCACCCCAGCGCCAUGGCCUCCUCCUCCUCCGCCGCCGCCCCCGCCCCCGCCGACACGUACGACAUCCCGUGGGUGGAGAAGUACCGCCCUAGCCGCGUCGCGGAUGUCGUCGGCAACGCCGACGCCGUCAGCCGCCUCGAGGUCAUCGCCCGCGACGGCAACAUGCCCAACCUCAUCCUCUCCGGGCCUCCGGGGACCGGGAAGACGACGAGCAUCCUGGCGCUGGCCCACGAGAUGCUCGGGCCCAGCUACCGAGAGGGCGUGCUCGAGCUCAACGCCUCGGACGACAGGGGGCUUGAUGUGGUGCGGAACAAGAUAAAGAUGUUCGCGCAGAAGAAGGUCACACUACCGCCGGGACGGCACAAGAUCGUCAUACUGGACGAGGCUGACAGCAUGACAACAGGGGCACAGCAAGCACUGAGAAGAACCAUGGAGAUUUAUUCCAACACCACAAGAUUUGCUCUUGCAUGCAAUACUUCAUCUAAAAUCAUUGAACCCAUCCAAAGUCGAUGUGCUAUUGUCCGGUUCUCGAGGCUUUCAGAUCAGGAGAUCCUUGGCCGCCUUAUGGUCGUGGUGGCUGCUGAAAAGGUCCCUUAUGUGCCAGAAGGUCUUGAAGCCAUCAUUUUUACUGCUGAUGGUGACAUGAGGCAAGCUCUGAACAAUUUGCAAGCUACAGUUAGUGGGUUUCGUUUUGUUAAUCAAGAAAAUGUGUUCAAGGUAUGCGAUCAACCACAUCCCUUGCAUGUCAAGAGUAUGGUGAAAAAUGUACUCGAUGGGAAGUUUGAUGAGGCCUGCUCUGGCCUAAAGCAACUCUAUGAUUUGGGCUACUCUCCUACCGACAUAAUCACUACUCUCUUCCGUGUCAUCAAGAAUUAUGACAUGGCUGAAUUUCUGAAGCUGGAGUUGCUUAAGGAAACAGGAUUUGCUCACAUGAGGAUCUGUGAUGGCGUUGGGUCAUUCCUUCAGCUUUCUGGCCUUCUGGCCAAGUUUGCUCUAGUGAGAGAAACAGCAAAGGCCUAAUACUGCAGCUGCGCUGACGUCAGUUAACAGUGUGGUGAUGCAUAGCCUGUUUAUCCCUAUGUCGUGGUAUCUCAGUGUGUAAGAUAGUUCUUUCUUUGCUGAAGUGAACUAUUUAUGUUUAUUUCGCAUCGGAGAUGUAGUUGUAGCCUGUAGUGACUAGUGAGGAGACCGAGUCCUCGUAGCGCGACUGCUUUUGGCCCAGCCAUUGGUGGUUCACGGGCUGCUGUAUCUCGGAACUAAUCUAUGGUUUUUUCUGGUCUUUCUUAGUCUAUUGCGCUGUCGUACCAGCAUCAUGAAGGAACAGUCAGUUAUCCAAGUCAACUGCAUAUCAAUUAUGGAUUGGCAGAAAA